CAAACAGAUAAUACAUGUGCGUCAUUUGCCACCGUGUCAUAUAUGACGACUUAUUAAAACUAAAUUUCUAUCUUUUAGCAUAAACAUAUUCAAAGGAUUUGCACCGUUAUUUAUUAGUUUUUAACGCUUACAUUACGUUAAGCAGUUUGAAUAAUUUUUAUCUGCAAGCUUUAAAAUAAAGCAAUACGUGCCUUCACGGGUGUCGAUAAGAAAAUUAACAAUGAAUUAAAGAGCAAUGACGAGGACCUGAACGAUUCAACUGCAUCGUAUAAAAGGAAUGGAGUGCAUUUUGUAUGGGAUUGUUUGCUCUAAAUAUGGACCGGCAUCAAGUGGCACUGUGUGUUACCUUGGCGCUUUUCUUGCAGAUAUUAGAGAUUCAGGCCAGCGAAUGUAAUAAAAGGACAACUUUUAUACAAAUAAGAAUACCACAGAAGACAAAUGUAGCCGUCAAGUAUCCAAAAGAAAUAGAUCCUGUACAAUUCGUACCAUUCCCUUACAAUCCCUCGGGAUCUGGAUGUAUGAAAUGUCAGGGAACGAUGUGCACGACAUGUGUUUACACCAAAAAAUCACAACCAUCUACAAAUGUUCACGCAAGAAAAACAAACAUCAUUAUAGAUAUUAAAGGAACAAAACGAUUCAACGAAAGUGUUGUAGAAGCUGAUAGUUCGUAUAAUGAUAGCUCUGCGAAAGUAGAUGGAACAAUUGUCGGGAUAUAUGACAGAACAUCAGCAGCCAGCGAGAGUGGUGCGACAGCCAGAUCCGGUGACAAUGGUAAUUCAUCAGCUGUAGUUGCUUCUGGUACUGCACUAUCUCAAAGCGAUAUUCUAGCUGCAAUUGACGAGGAAGAGGUCAAUAAAAUCGAUGGUAGUAAAUCUCACGUGGAAGAUGUAUACGUGUUAAGUGAAGACAUUUCUACAGCUAAUGCGAAUAGUACAUCUGCGAGUGACGGUGAAGUCAAAAAUGAUACUUCAUCAGACACAGGUAAACAAACAGAUGGAAGUCAAUCAUCUACAACGAUAGUCGAAAAGGAUUCGAGCAGUACGGUAGUAGUUCCAGCAGAUCCUGCGAGUAGUGUGACGACAAACGAUUCUAGUCAACCAGCAAUCUCUGGCAAUGAUAGUGCAGCACCGAAACCUGAUGCAAGCUCUAUUCCUGGAAGCGAUGCUUCUACCGUUGAUAAGAAACCCGAUAAUACAUCCACGUAAUGCCUUGGCACAUGAGUCUCUUAAACUUUCCAUGCAAAUUAUUGUAAAUAAGAAGAUAACCAACAAAACCAUAUAUUUUGUAUUUACUAGCCUUGUAAGUUAACGAACAAACUGAAAUAAAAAUUAUAUUAUUAUCGCAAUCUA